GUACACAUAUAGCAUCCGUUACAUCGUCCGCGGUCACGACGUCCAGAGCAAGUUGUGGAGAACGAGAAUGCCCCCUGGGCAUCUGCGUAUCGCCCGGGGGAGACAGUGCGAGCUGUCAAUUAGUUCCUUGUUGCUGACUAUAUGCUGGUCGCUGUUCCUCUCGCAAGGCUGUUCGGCGCUGCGGCUUCCCUCGCUGUCACUCCGGCACGCUGUGCGCCGUCCAAAGCCCACGCGACAAGAGGACGUGGAAGUAUCAGCACGAGCCGCCACCCUCACUCCGGCCGCCAAGAAGCCGACCGACUUUGCGGACGGGGAUGACGUGACGGUCCGCAACCACUGGGCGCUGCUAGUGGCCGGCAGUGCGGGCUGGGGCAACUACCGGCACCAGGCGGACGUGUGCCACGCCUACCAGGUGCUACUGCGGGGCGGCCUGCGGCCCGCGCAUAUUGUGACCAUGAUGUACGAUGACAUCGCACAUGACCCGGAGAACCCCUACCCGGGCCACGUGUUCAACUCGCCAGGCGGCCCGGACGUGUACGGGGGUGUGCGGGUGGACUACCGGGGCUCCGACGUGUCGGCGGCGGUGUUCCUGGCGGUGCUGGAGGGCAACGCCUCCGCCCUGCCGCCCGGCACCCGGGGCAGCGGGCGGGUGCUGGCCAGCGGCCCCUACGACCGCUUGUUCGUGUUCUACAGCGACCACGGAGCGCCGGGAGUGCUGGGCAUGCCCUCGGGCAGCUUCCUGUACGCGGAUGAGCUGGUGGGGGCGCUGCAGCGCAAGUGGCGGCACAGGGGAUACAAGGAGGCGGUGCUCUACAUAGAGGCGUGUGAGAGCGGCAGUAUGUUUGAGGGCCUGCUGCCGCCUGACAUCGGCGCCUACGCCACCACUGCUUCCAAUGCCAUGGAGAGCUCUUGGGGCACCUACUGCCCGGGCAUGUCUCCCGGCCCUCCCCCGCUGUUCUCCACCUGCCUGGGUGACCUGUACAGUGUGGCUUGGAUGGAGAACGCCGACGUGUGCGACCUGACGCAGGAGACACUCAUGGCCCAGUACUCCAUCAUCCGCAACCGCACCUCCAACAACUACACCUACUCCAUGGGUAGCCACGUGAUGCAGUACGGCAGCCUGGCUAUCACUCGCGAGGUGGCGGGCGACUACCAGGGCAUGCACAACCGCGGAGAGGAGGGGGGACACAUCAGCGACCCAUGGAGCAGCGCGGCAGCGGCACAGUGCCGGCCCAGCCCCAGCCCCUUCCCCAUCCCCAGCGCAGCCCCGCCCCCACCCGGGCUAGUACCCACCCAGUCCACUGCUGUGCCUGGCGGUGGGGAGCGGGAGCAAGGGACCGGAGGCCGAGCUGGGUGGCUUAGUGCCGCCGGGGCGAUGCUGGGGUCCACGCUCCACUGGGCGCGCAGUAGUCUUAGGGGUGUCAUUGCUGUGCCGCUGACCAGGGCCACUGGCAGUAGUGUUAGGGCAGGGGCCAGCGCCGGCGGUGCGAGCGGUAGCUGUAGCGAUGUCGGCAGCAGUGGUGAGCGCGAGCACCGCCAACAACAGCACAGACCACACCCGCACAUGCCCCAGCGAGAUGCCGACCUGGCGCCGCUGCGACAUGCCGCCACGCACGCCGUCACAAGUGAGCGGCGGGCGGCGGCAGCCGAGGCACUGGCUCGGGAACAAGCCCGGCGGCAGAGCCUGGACCAGUCGGCUGUGGCGGCGGCCGCCAGCCUGCUGCAGCGGCUGCCGGCUCUAGCACAGGAGGUGGCGCCGCUGGUGCAGGCGGUGAGCGCUGCCGCUGCGGGUGGACGGCGGCUGGCAGAGUCCGGGGCUGAGGCGGGGACUGAGGCGGGGGCUGAGGCGGGGCCUGGUCAGGCGCUUCUGACGGCCAUGGCUCAGGACCUGGUGUACGGGCCUGUGCGGGGGAGGCGGAGGCGGCCUGAGGUCCUGGCUAGCAGUGGCCCCAUGGCAGGUGGCGUCAGCACAGGGCAGGCGGCGGUGGGCAUGGAGCAGGAGCAGGGUGCUGCGCAGCCGCUGGUGGACGACUGGGACUGCCUGCGGGCCAUGGUGGCGGCCUGGAGCGACAGCUGCGGUCCCAUGGCGGCGGACCAGUACGUCAUGAGGCACACACGACUGCUGGCCAGGCUAUGCAACGCCCAGGUGCCGCCGGCGCUGGUGGCGGAGGCGCUCAGGGGCAGCGGCUGCAGCGGCGCCAAUACCGUGUAGGGGUCUCCCCUGGGCAAAGGACCGCGACGUGUAAGGGCCUCACGUGGCGGCGCAACACAGAUGCUGACAUGCACGUCGGUUCCCGGUUGAAGACGCCAGAAAUGACUGCGAAGUCAUCUUGUUUGGUUGAUUGUUUAGACAUGCGUAACAGCCACGGCAUCAGUUGAUACAAGUACACAGCAUUCAGGCAUAUUGCUGAAAUGACCUCCAGGCGGGGGCGGCCAUGGAAGGGGCGUGUAUUGGGCUCUAGCCCGUACCGCAGGACGAGGCAUGUGCAUGUGGGAAGGGUACCUUGCCUGUCCAUGACUGUUUCACCUUUUGGUAUUGUUAUGCCUGUUUCACCUAUUGGUAUUAUUAUACGUCUGGUCGCCUCUCCAGGGGAGGGGGUAAAGAAUCCCGCAGACACCAACCCUUCAGAUGGAAAGAGCUGGACGAGAGCAUUCAGAGUACCCUUUCAGGAUUUGGUCAGGGUAGUAAUUCCGGGGAUAUGGGCCUUAAACUUCAGGGUCGGUCGUCCAGGGGGGGGGGGGUACGAACUAAACCUCCAGACCCCAUGUCCCAAAACCUCCCGACCCCCCCUCCGGACCGACCGACCGACCCCCACCACCGUGCAACCCCUCAAAACCCCCUCAAAACCCUUUGGUUUUUAGCCAAGUCGGUGUCAAUCGACUGCUCUCGGCGAGCUCUACAAUUGUAUACCUCCGGUUCAGCUGGAAGCACAACUUGACUGGCAGCCAUGCCACACAUGUCCAUGUGUCCAUGGCCGACCACCGACCCUUCUGUCAGACUACCGGGGCGUGCGCUUAAGCUUACAAUUGCGCUGUACAUAUGAUGUUUGGGAUUGUGUGCCGGAAGUGAUUGGUCGACUUUCUCCCGGGAUCAUGUGAAGAAUCCCGGGAUUAAUGUGACGCUCGCUGGCCGGCGGCAGCCUUGUCGCCAUGACCCACACCAAGGCUUGGCCGUUACAAGUUAGCAUCAGUUCGCAUAGUCUCCAUGGCAUCAGUGAGAGACGCUCGAGUGGGGCUCUACGCUACUACGAUGCCGAUGUGGACGGACAUGCGGCCGCUUUCCAGAGGCCAAACGUUCUGCAAAUGCUUUAGUAUGUGCAUGCUAGUGUGUGCUAAUACUUGUGCUAAUGGGCGGAGCGUUUAGAGGGGCGUAUAGGGCGCAGAGACGAAAUCUGGCAGUCCCACCCACAUCCGCGUGACGAAACCUUGGGGACCCCCAGCCCCGACGACCGACCCUGAACUUUGAGGGCCCAUAACUUUGCAAUUACUACCCUGAUUGAAACUCUGAAAGUGGAUUUGGACUCCUCUCGUCAAGCUCUUUCGUUUGAAAACAUGGGGCCUUUCCCAGUCGAAACUACCCACCCCCCUGGGUCGUCGGUCCCCAGGGCCCUAUAGGUUUUAUCACGGUGUGCCGGAAACUUUCGUCUGGGCCUCGUAAAACAGCCGGGCAAGCCCAGACCGCUGCUAGAAGCAUGCAAUGGAAGCUUGUAAAAGCUGGGAAAC